ACCAUACAGUCACAGUGAACUGCGGGGGCCGACGGAGCUGUCCUCGAGAGCGGAAAGACUAAACUACACGAUUUGAAUCAAACUCAUAUAGACUUUUUACGUCCGCUUUUAAAGCGUUUUUGCUUCGGAAUUGGACGCAGGGAACUUUUUGCGGCGUCUCUGUGGAGUUUGUGAAAGCAGCCCCUUUUCAAUCAGUCAUGGACAGUCCGAGAGCCGCUUCAGGGAGCUACUGACCGGCGUUCACUCUCUCAUCACGGGAAUACAAGUGCGAAUUCCCCCCCACGGAACUUGUUUUGUUCAACUCCAUGUUUGAUGAAGUGCUUGGAAGUUUGGGCCAAUUCUCGGACGCGGUGGAUUUUUCCGUUUCAGGCGCGGCAAGAGGCUGGUGGUCCCCGGUCGAAGACAUUCGGGGUGUUCGCUGGUAAAGUUGCGGGGAAAACAUGGAGACUGUAAGUCGACAGAGCUUCCAGCCUCACCCGGGACUGCAGCAAACUCUCAAGCAGUUUCACCUCAGCUCUAUGAGCUCUCUAGGCGGGCCGGCCGCCUUCUCUGCCCGCUGGCAACAUGAGCUUCUCUUCAAGAAGGAAGGCAAGGAGCCCGAGCCGGUCCUGCAGCAUCUGCCGCCGCCAGUGAUGCCCGGGCCGCUCUUCAUCCCGUCGGACCGUUCCACCGAGAGGUGCGAAACCGUCUUGGAGGGCGAGACAAUCUCCUGCUUCGUGGUCGGAGGCGAGAAGCGGCUGUGUCUGCCCCAGAUCCUCAACACGGUGCUGCGGGACUUCAGCCUGCAGCAGAUCAACUCGGUGUGCGACGAGCUGCACAUCUACUGCUCCCGGUGCACCGCCGACCAGCUGGAGAUCCUCAAAGUCAUGGGGAUCCUGCCCUUCUCGGCGCCCUCCUGCGGCCUCAUCACCAAGACGGACGCCGAGCGCUUGUGCCACGCGCUCAUCUACGGGGGCGCCUAUCCUCCUCGUUGCAAGAAGGAAACGAGUAGCGGAGGAGCGCUGGAGCUGGAGCUUGAGCUCACCGAGAGGAGCUUUAAAAUUUACCACGAGUGCUUCGGCAAGUGCAAGGGCUUGUUCGUGCCCGAGUUGUACACCAGCCCCAACGCAGCCUGCAUCCAGUGCAUGGACUGCAGACUCAUGUACCCGACGCACAAGUUUGUGGUGCACAGCCACAAAGCGCAGGAGAACAGGACUUGCCACUGGGGCUUUGAUUCGGCCAACUGGAGAGCCUACGUCCUCCUGGGCCAGGAUUACACGGGCAAGGAGGAGAAGAGCCGCCUGGAGCAGCUGCUGGAUGAAGUCAAGGAGAAGUUUGAUUUCGCCAACAAGUACAAGAGAAAAGCAUCGUCCAGGGUGUCAGAUCACCUUCCAAUCAAAAAGCCCAAACAUGAAGAAAUACCAAUACAAUCCCCAGUGGCUGACAAGGAGAAGCAACAUGACUGGCUACAAUCCUUUUCCAACUCGAAUAAGGGUCUCAACUGCAUUCAGCCGAGACAGAGGCCAUCAGCUUUUAGACCCUGGUCGCCACACAUUUCGGCUGGUGAUAAGGAAGCCUCCAGUCACCCCCUCACACUGCUAAGAGACAACUUCUACAAUUACAAGAGCUUGGAGAAUGCUGUGGCCCCUAAUGUUGCCCUCACACCACUGCCACUGGGAAAGGUGGGUCCAAUGUCCCCGUCAGUUCCCAGCACGUCGCACCCAAGCGCGGGGGAACCUCCGGGUGAAGGUGCCAAUGCCAGCUCUCGACCUCGCAAGAGAAAAGCCACAGGAGAACUUCUACCUCCAGCUCCUGAGGGUGCGUGCUCCCUUACCUCCACUGCCAGCAAGCAGCCACCAACUCAGGAUGACAAAGACUCAGAGGUGGAGAUAGAAGUGGAGAGCCGUGAUGAGUUCACGUCAUCUUUGUCCUCCCUAUCAUCACCAUCAUUCACAUCGUCCAGCUCAGCCAAGGACCUGAGUUCACCCGGUGCCCUGGGGCCGAUCUGCACGGUCACGACAGCUGAGGCCAUUACCCCUGCAGCUGCUCCCAUCUCAACUCCUGUGACGCCUCCAGAACUAGGGCUGGAGUCAGAGCUGGAGAGCCUGCGGCAGGCGCUGGACAAUGGACUGGACUCGAAAGAGUCAAAGGAGAAGUUCCUGCAUGAAAUCGUUAAAAUGAGGGUGAAGCAAGAAGAGAAGCUGGGAUCUGCCCUACAGGCCAAACGCAGCCUCCAGCAGGAGCUGGAGUUCUUGCGGGUUGCGAAGAAAGAGAAGCUGCGGGAGGCGACAGAGGCCAAACGUAAUUUGAGGAAGGAAAUAGAACGCCUGCGAGCCGAGAGUGAGAAAAAGAUGAAGGAGGCCAAUGAGUCGCGGAUCCGUCUGAAGCGUGAGCUAGAGCAGGCCCGGCAGCUGAGGGUCUGCGAUAAAGGUUGCGAGGCUGGACGUCUACGUGCAAAGUACUCUGCGCAGAUCGAAGACCUCCAGAUGAAGCUGCAGCAUGCCGAGGCUGACCGUGAGCAGCUUCGAGCUGACUUACUGCACGAGCGGGAGGCCAGGGAGCACCUGGAGAGGGUGGUGAAGGAGCUGCAACAGCAACUUUGGCCCAAAUCCAGCGGUGACAAAGACUUGACAGCCAAGGACAAAGACAUUCCGGCAAAAAAGUAACCCAUAGCCAAGUUCCUCACGCCCCUUGCAUCCCUAACACUUCCCGAACGGCUGGGACCACUAUCCACACCCGUCUUUUCCAUGCUUCUCCUCAAGCAUGGCGAACAACACUGACCUGCAGGAUUUGGCUCUUCAUCCUCAUCCAUAAAACGCAAAUGGUCAUCCGGUGUAAGACAACAGCAGAUUCUACGACUGCAACGAAGAACACUCGCAGCUUGAAACUUGCAGAACUGAAAAGUAGAAGACAAGAGGGAAAAUGCGGUUGUGCUCGUCUACGUCAAGACAGGUCAAAUAGUCUGUGAUAAGACGGAUCACAUAUUAGUCGUACAGGGGCCUCCACGUUUGUCCCCACGUGAUGAGAAGUUUUUGAAGACUUGAUAAGCUACAGAGACUAUGUAAAGAAAUACAUGCAAAUACAUCUGACGAUGAACAGUACAGACAAAUGAUCUACCCACAUGUGCCGCCAUGUUAUUUUAUUUGACUUUUUUUCAUUCCUGCUUUUAAGGAAGCCAUCACAUCUGACAGGGAGCUAAUAAUCAAGUAAUCGUUCAAAUUCUCUCUUGCAAAUUGAUGUCAUCGGUGGGGGAAAGGAGGGGAAAACACCCUCUGGAAGUGAGCACUUGAUUUUAAAUAAUCAAACUAUAUCCAUCAGUUUUUGUCCACUCAACACGGGUCACCUGCCAUAUUUGUGUUGAAGCAUUUGGGUCAAAUCUCCUAAAGAUUCAAUAUUCCACAUGUGAGAAAGCUGGCAUCUAUUUUACUUUCAUUAAUCAGCAUAUUACGUUAUUACUGUAUGGGGCACCCUUGGCAAGAACCACACAUGUCAUGUUAAUUAAAUUAAGGUAUGUAAAUACAUAUUUUUGGGACUUAACAAUAAUGAAUGGCACUUUGUCCUAACAAACUGUUUUUAUGCAUUGUACUCCCAGUUAUGUCUUCAAUUUUAUUUUGAAAACAUCAUCUUAUACACGAAUGCUACCGUAUAAAUGCAGUUAACAUUUUGUUGCUUAUAUUCAUUCUCUAUUAAAUAUGGUUCUGUUUACUCAAGGCAAAGUAUUGUAAAUAAACCGAGAAGAAAUCAAGGCUCUACCUGUUACUGCCUGAUUGAUGGAACCGUUGGAUUUGAUUUGGUUCGCCAAAACAUGCAAACAUGACAAAUUAAGAGGGAGAAUUGAAUGAAUGGCUGCAGAUGCAAUGCAUGGUGAUGAUUGGUUUAAAGCAACACUAGGUAACUUUUCUAAAAUAUUUUCAUAACAUUUGUGAUUAGGGUUGUUCCGAUCAUGUUUUUUUGCUCCCAAUCCGAUCCUGAUCGUUUUAGUCUGAGUAUCUGCCGAUCCCGAUAUUUCCCGAUCCGAUUGCUUUUUUUUUUUUUUUGCUCCCGAUUCAAUUCCGAUCAUUCCCAAUAAUUUUUCCCGAUCAUAUACAUUUUGG